UCUGUGACAAAAACACAACAAUUCUUAAAAGCUAUACCUUGCAUGGACCUCGUAGAAAAGCUUCAGCAACUUUCUCAAGACUUCACAGGGACCACCAAUCAGACAGAGAGGGCAACUGAAUGUAAGGCUGAGACUGAGGCAGAUACCAGCUCUGUGAGGACUUCCAAAGAGGCCAAGAAGGUGGAGAAGACGGAAUUGGCGAAGAAAGUCUCCAAACUCAAGGAACCUGCUGCUAAGAAAUCUACCAAGACACCAGCAGCCAAGAACCCAGCAGUGGCUGAAAAAAAGGAAGACCCCAAAGAAACAAAAAAGGAUGUGCCUCCUAAAAAGGUAGGAGAGUUCAAAGAUAUAGCACGUAAAUCCAAAAACAAUGAAUACUGGGUGCUGACAGAAAAGCAGUCUGAUGGAGGGCUAGGGCCCAAAACGUUACAUGUUCUAAUAUACCACUAGAAAAAAAGGGAGCAGAUACUGGUGUGCGGACUCAUUGUUCUUGCCCUAAAAAGGUAAACACGCCUGCAGCACCCAAAAAAGCUGAAGCUGCUAAGCCCAAGGGUCCCCAGCCCAAAGAGCCUAAGAAGGUGGAGAAGACGGAUUUGGCAAAGAAAGUCAAGGAGCCUGCUGCUAGGAAAUCUACCAAGACACCAGCAGCCAAGCACCCAGAAGUGGCUGAAAAAAAGGAAGACCCCAAAGAAACAAAAAAGUCUGUGGUCCCUAAAAAGGUGAACAUGCC